AAAAUUUUAAAUAUUUACACAAUUUUUCUUAAAAAUAUCACAAAUAUGUUUUCUUUAAAAAUCUAUUCUUUAAAACUAUUAAACCAAAGGAUUCCCCAUCGCUGUUUCUCUUUUUUGGAACAUUUUUGUAAGAAAAAUGCCAGUGAGGGAAAUGAUAAUGUAAAGGAUUCAGGACCCAGUGUAACUAUACAAUUAGAAAAUUGCUUUAAAUUAUACAAUUUGGAAAAGGAGCCCUGCUCCUCUAUAAGUUUAAGCCAAAAACUGGCCUUAAAACUCUACCGAGAAAUGCAAACUAUAAGAAGAAUGGAAAAUGCUUGUGGUAAUUUGUAUAAGGAAAAGUUAAUAAGAGGAUUUUGUCAUUUAUAUGUGGGUCAAGAGGCCUGUUGUGUGGGCAUUAAAUCUUCUAUGCGAUCUCAGGACACCAUUAUAACUUCCUAUCGUUCUCAUGGCUGGACCUGGCUAAUGGGUGUUUCUAUACACAAUAUUAUAGCUGAAUUGUGUCAAAAACAAACCGGCUGCAGUCGCGGCAAGGGAGGCUCUAUGCAUACUUAUGCUCCCAACUUUUUCGGUGGCAAUGGUAUAGUGGGAGCACAAACGCCUUUAGGUGCGGGAAUAGCAUUUGCUCAUGCCUAUAGUUGUGAUGGUGGUGUUAAUUUCGCCUGCUACGGCGAUGGUGCUGCCAACCAGGGUCAGCUGCAUGAAGUAUUCAAUAUAGCCUGUCUGUGGAAAUUACCUGUGGUGUUCGUUUGUGAAAAUAACAAAUAUGGCAUGGGUACAUCUAUGAAGAGGUCUUCGUGUAGUACAGAUUAUUAUACUAGAGGUGAUUAUAUACCAGGACUGUGGGUUAAUGGUAACGAUGUUUUGGCUGUUCGCAGUGCUGCGGAAUUUGUUAUAACUCAUACUCGUUCAUGCGGUCCUAUAGUUAUGGAAUUGGAAACUUAUCGUUAUCAUGGUCAUUCAAUGUCUGAUCCGGGUACUAGUUAUCGUAAGAGAGAAGAGGUACAAAUGAUGCGUGAGAAAUAUGAUCCGAUAACGACAUUUAGGAAUUUGUGUUUGAAGCAUAAAUUGAUAAAAGAGGAGGAGUUUAAGAAAAUCGAUGAUACGAUUAAAACCGAAAUAGAUGAGAUCGUUAAACAAGUCAAACUAGAAAAAGAAACUGAUCCUGCUGAAUUGGCCACUGAUGUUUAUGCUGAAAAUUUAGAGGGCAAAAUUAGAAAUAUUAUAUGGCGUGACUUAAAACAUAGUAAUGUGGGAAUACGCUUAAUUCCUCCAGGAACGGUAAAAGCUACACCUAAAUCGGAAAUAAAAGAAUUACCUAAACAAGAAGAAAAAACUGAAGCGAAAGCUUUAACUGGGACAGAUAAGAAAAUGGAUGAUUUAAAGGAGAAGCAACAGAAAAAAGGGGAUGAUAAAAAAGAUGAAGGGAAAAAUGCAAAACAAACUAAGGAUUUAGCUCAAAAACCGUCACCAGAUGCUAAACCCAAAACGGAGGCGAAGGAUAAAGAUAAAAAGCCUAAAAAUCCGAAAAAGAAAUAAAGGGAAUUACAAAAAUUUAGAUUUAAAAUUGUUAUUGCAAAAAAUUUAUGUUAUUUUAUUUUUAUGUUAUUAUUUUUUUUUACAUUCAACUUAAAUUGUUUACAUCGUGUCAAGUAUUUCAAAAUUAAAGUAAAUUUACAUUGUUUACAGAAUUAACAUAAAA